AUGAAUCCAUUAACAAAUAUGAAAAAUGUUCAAAAACUUUCUGAACAAGAACUUAGAAGUGGCAACAAAACUUCAUGGCAUGAUCAGUAUCGCAACAGCGCAUGGAUAUUCGUCGGUGGAUUACCAUACGAUCUUUCAGAAGAGAUAAAAAAAAGUGGAAAACAAAAAGGCUUCUGCUUUAUUUGUUACGAAGACCAACGUUCAACGAUCUUAGCUGUUGACAAUUUAAAUGGGAUAAAACUUUUAGGGAAAACUUUGAGAGUUGAUCAUGUAUCUGAUUACAAACCACCAAAAGAUCAUGAAGAUUAUGACGACAUCACAAGAAAUCUGCAUAAUCAAGGAUGUGCACCUGUCCCACAGAUCUCUGAAUCCGAAAUUAAAAAAGAGAAACAUAGAAACUUGUUGUUACAAAUGGAAGACGAGAAGCCUGAUGUUGGCGAAAAUUUGCUUGCGGCAAAAGUUGAUGAUGAAGCAAUAGAAAAGACAUCUCAAGCAACGUCUGAAAAUAUAACUUAUGAUGAGAGUGGUGAAACUAUUUUUACUGAUCCAACAACAAAAUACAAAUAUAAAUGGAAUAAAGAAGCCAAUGAGUGGAAACCUGUUGAGAAUGAACACUACAAAUGGUGUAAUGAAAGUCAAAAGUGGAUACCGAAAGCUUCAACUGAAAAUGAAUUUUAUCGUUGGUGUGAUAAGACAAAUCAGUGGAUUCCUAAGAUGAGUGGCAAGGAAGGAAUUACUUACGGGUAUGAUGAGAAAGAAGGCUGCCAUACUUACACAGAUAAAGACGGCGCUGUAUUCUUCUUUGAUAACGAGAAGAAAGCUUGGUUUCCAAAGGUCGACGAUGAUUUCCUCGCUAUGUAUCAGUUGAAUUAUGGAUUUAUCGACAACACAUCAAAAGAAGAUGAUAAAGUGGUGAAAAGCAACGUCGAAACGUCAGAGGUAUCAACAUCUGAAGCCGCCUCAACAACAAAUCUUGACGAACAACCUCAAACAAGCAAUGAAGCGAAGAAACGAAAAGCACCACCGGCACCGCCAAAGUGGUUUGAACUUCCACCGGAACAAAACACAAAGGUUUAUGUUUCAAACCUGCCUUUGGAUAUCACGGAAGAAGAGUUUAGCGAAUUGAUGGGAAAAUGUGGAAUGGUGAUGAAAGACUUGAAAACAGGAAAGUUAAAGAUGAAAUUGUAUCGAGAUUCCAAUGGUCAACUCAAAGGCGAUGGCUUGUGUCACUACAUAAAG